AACGUAGUAGAAAAGAGGAAUACCGCGAAGAUCAACGGUGGAGAUCUGUUCUUUUAGGCCGAGAACCACUACGGUCAUAACCCAAAAUAAAAAAGAAAAAAAAGCCUCUCUCUCUACGUAAAAAGAAGGCCAUUUAUUUUAGACUGAAAGUCCUUUCAAAGCUUUUUUUCUUAGCGCGCGAGCAUUCUCUUGGAUUUCAAUCAUUUGAAGAGAAAAAUCAAAAGCUUAAAUGGCCUGAGAUUAUUUAUUUUUUGGGUUUUGGUUAUGAAACUGGGUGGUUUUUCAAAAUGGCGGGGAUCUGCUGUGGAUUGGUGAACAAAAGCGAGACAUCAACGGCGUGUGAGCAGAGCUCCCGAGCGGCGAGGCGGAGGAGAAUGGAGAUCAGACGGUUCAAAUUCGUAACCGGCGUGGCCACACCGGAGCCAGAGAGUUCUAGUACUGAGCAAAAGCGUCAGAAGCUGGAAGGCUAUUAUACGGCGCCGUUUUCUAGUACGGACGAUGAGAAGAAAGAAGUGGUGGUAGUAGAAAACGAGAGGCUCGAGAUCAAAGAGAUCUCGAGUUCGAAUGAUGGUUGUGCUUCGACUUCGGUUUCGAGUGAGUACCCGAAAUUCGGUGUUGCAUCUGUGUGUGGAAGACGGAGAGACAUGGAAGACGCUGUAGCUAUCCACCCUUCGUUCUCUAGCCAUGACCACAAUUCCACAACGAAAUUGCAUUACUUCGGCGUUUACGACGGCCAUGGUUGCUCUCACGUGGCAACGAAGUGUAGAGAAAAGUUACAUGAGCUGGUGAAGGAAGAGUUGUUGUUGUUGGAGACGCAAGAGGAAGAAUGGAAGGGAGUGAUGGAGCGAAGCUUUUAUCGCAUGGACAAGGAAGUGAAUGCAUGGAACGAGACCGUUUUGGGUGCAAAGUGUAGGUGUGAGCUUCAAUCUCCAGAGUGUGAUGCGGUUGGAUCUACUGCGGUGGUUGCAAUUGUGACACCCAAUAAGAUCAUCGUUGCCAAUUGUGGCGAUUCAAGAGCUGUGCUUUGCCGAAACGGCAAGACUGUACCUCUUUCCUCCGAUCACAAGCCGGAUCGUCCGGACGAGUUGAAUCGGAUCCAAGCCGCAGGUGGUCGGGUUAUCUACUGGGACGGCCCACGUGUCCUCGGAGUUCUCGCCAUGUCUAGAGCUAUUGGUGAUAAUUAUCUGAAGCCUUAUGUGAGCUGUGAGCCAGAGGUGACGAUCACGGAUCGGACGGCGGAGGAUGACUGUCUGAUUCUGGCGAGUGAUGGGCUAUGGGACGUGGUUUCAAACGAGACGGCGUGUGGGGUGGCGCGUAUGUGCUUAAGAGGGAAAGCACACUCGCCUCCGUGUUCUCCGCCGGGUGCUGAGGUGGCUGUUUCCGAAACUUCCGACAAGGCGUGUUCGGACGCGGCGAUGUUGCUGACGAAGUUGGCCUUGGCUAGGCACAGUACUGACAACGUGAGCGUGGUCGUGAGCAUUUUAAAAUCUAGAGCUGUCAUUUCCACUGGGAUGCUGUGGAGAACUGGGGAUGGCAAGAGUGCUCGAAUAUACGAAGAUAACUGGCUGCUGGGGGAUAGACCAUCAAAAACUCUCUCCACGAGCUGAGAUUCUUGAUGUUACUAUUGUCUCCUACUUAAUUGAUUCUGGCUCUGGAUGGUGGGAUACGAAUAGGAUCGACCAGCUUUUCCUCCCUUUUGAAGCUCAGAAGAUUGGUCCAUACCAUUGUGGGUGACUUACCAACAGGACUGUAUGGUUUGGCCGAAAUGUAAAAAUGGGAUUUAUUCAAUGAAGAGGAAGAUAGAGAGACUUUGUUACACUGGUGGGACAAUGACCUCGUUCUCUGGAAAUUUUUGGCUUGGUUUAUCUGGUUUCAAUUUUCAAAGAAACAAGUUUCUUCUCAACGAACCGAGUUUACCAUCUCAGAAGAUUUUUGGGUCAACUAUAUCAGCCUACUCUCAGAACUGCAGAUUAGGGUCAACUAUCAGUUUACUCUCGAAAGCAGUUACGUACUGCUAGUGUUAAGUGGAAACUGGAAACCUCUAGACCCCGACAAGCUUAAGGCAAACUACGACGGGACUAUGUUUGAAGACUAAUGAAGCUGGCAUUGUUACUGUCAUCCGAAAUGGAAGGGAGGAUAUGGCAGCGUUGUCAAAGAAGAUUUCUCUUCCACCAUUAAUAGGAUUUUUGGAAGCAAUGGCAACCAGGAGACAGUCCAUUUUGUCGUGGAGCUCGGUGCCUAUCAAGCAGAUUUUGAAGGGGACUCGGGAAUUGUUUUUAACACUCUUAAAUUCAAAACAUUAUUUUGCAACAACUUAUACAAAUUUGUUUUCUCACAUAUGCAUGGGAAAUUUGAAGGAGUA